AUGGGCCUGACACGUGUGGAGCGUGUUGUUCCCGGAACCCGUUGGCUUCGAGGGUACACGGCACAGUUUGUGGUUGCAGAUCUGAUCGCUGGAAUCACGGUUGGAUUGACGGUACUUCCACAGGGGCUGGCAUAUGCAACGCUGGCCGGUUUGGAACCUCAGUACGGUCUAUACUCUGCAUUUGUUGGUGGCGUUGUGUACGCUUUGAUGGGCGGAUGCCGUGAAGUCACCAUUGGUCCAACCGCUCUUCUCUCUCUCAUGACUAGCCGACACACGGGAUAUGGUGGAGAGUCCGGUCCUCAGCUCGCCAUACUGUUAUGCUUUCUGUCCGGUGUUGUGGAGCUUUUGAUGGCCGUUUUGCGGCUAGGUGCACUGGUAGAUCUCAUUUCCCUUCCCGUAACGGUAGGAUUUACAUCAGCCACUGCGCUGAUCAUUGGUGCAUCUCAGCUGAAAGCACUGCUCGGUAUCCGUGGUGGUUCUGGAUCAGGAUUCGCUAGUACCGUGCGUACUGUGAUUGAAAAAAUGCCCGAAGCACGUGUAGCUGAUAGUAUACUCGGUGUCGUCUCGAUCGCAGUGCUGUUGGCCUUGAGGAAAUUGAAGGACAUCAAGACACCCCCGGAUGCAACGCGAGGACGCAAGAUAUUGGGACUCGUUUGCUGGUUAGUUGCAACAGCACGGAACGCGCUCGUCGUGUUGGUGACCAGUUUUGUCGCCUUUUACUACGACCAGCGUGGCGAACGUCCAUUCAUCCUAACCGGCACGGUCAAGAGCGGUAUACCGGACUUUCAACUGCCACCAUUCAGUACAGUUCUGCCGGGAGGUGGAGGCCCGAAUGGUACGAGCCCCGUACAGUUGGGCUUUACCGGUAUGAUCGAGGAGCUAGGUGCCUCGAUUGCACUCGUACCAAUCAUUGCAGUGCUGGGCAAUGUGGCCAUUUCGAAAGCAUUUGGUGGAAGUGGUAUCAAUCCGACGCGCGAACUGGUCGCCCUGUCGUUGAGCAACAUUUGCGGUUCGUUCUUCAGUUCCUUCCCAGUUACUGGGUCAUUUUCGCGCAGUGCCGUAAAUCAUGCGAGUGGUGUGAAAACACCGAUCGGUGGCAUUUACACUGGUGCCUUAGUGCUGUUGGCACUGGGUGUACUGACACCCUACUUCCAGUUCAUCCCGAAGGCAGCACUAAGUGCGGUGAUCAUAUCCGCGGUCAUUUUUAUGAUUGAGUACGAAGUUAUCCGGCCGUUGUGGCGUUGCAGUAAGCGAGAGUUAAUUCCGGGAGCAGUAACAUUCGUGUUGAGUUUAAUUGUCGGUGUAGAGUUGGGUCUGUUGGCUGGGGUGCUGACCGACCUGGCGUUUGUAGUGUAUCGCACAGCACGGCCAUUGCUGACGGUUAGCGUGGCGAAUACCAAUCCCGGUGCGCAGUACAUUCUGAUCCGUCCAAAUCAUAGCGUUAUUUAUUUCCCUGCGGCCGAGUGGGUACGAAACGUUACAUCGAAAGCGAUCAAACAGCACGGCAACAUUCCGGUUGUGUUUGACUGUCGAUUAGUGAACGAAUUUGACUAUACUGCCGCAACCGGGCUGCAAAUGCUGCGCAAAGAGUUGGAAAAGAAAAAGAUUCCCCUGAUCAUAUACGGUUCAUCCAGCGAGGUAAGGAAGCUGCUGCAGGAAACGUUGAAAAGUAGCUUGCUAGAAGUUAGAAACGAUGAUGAGCUAGAGACGUUGUUACAAGAAUUGUCAACUGCCGAGGGAGGUAAGCAUGAGUUGCGUGAAGUCGUUGCACCGCUCCUAUCGUCCGAACGUACACCGCCCAUCGCUGAAAUCGAAUUGUCCUAAGU